UGCGAUGGCAGGACGGGUCAGAAGAAGCUGAGCUGAUGAGAUGGAGCCCGCGCAGAGGUCGGACGGAGUGUGGCUGUGGCUUCACAGUGAUGGAGAGGUGCCCGUUUACCGAAUUCACGAUGUCCUGCACCAUAGCUGAAACAACAUGACCUCUGGCCUCUGUGUCUGGGAGCUGUGUAGAGAAGUCACUGCUACUUGCUUCAAAUUGGACUGAAUAAGACUCGGCCUCAAGCCCUAGACAAUCAGGGAUGGAUAGGUGAAAACUGAAAGGCUGAAAGGUGGCCUUAAUUUUAAACCUUAUUAAAGUGGCAAACUGAAAAAAUUGUUAAACUUAACAGGAUCCUUUCAGAAAUCGUCUUUUGCCAUAUAAAUAUGCCUUUAAAUAUUAGAGCCAAGCCUCCGCAGAGCAAGCUGCCUGCUGGCCCAAAGAAUAGUGGGCACACAGAUGGCAGUACAUCCCAUUCACGCUUCUCAAGAUCCCAUAAGCAGGGGAAAGGCAAACAGGCUGUAAGCUCAGCACCGGGCUCCCGAUCAGGGCUAGAGCCAGGCUCUGUGUCAGGGGGUAUGCCUGCACCAACAUCUAGAGUGGCUGGAGGUCUAGGGUUGGUGUCAAGGCAAGGUUCAAAGAUAAAACCUGCUGCAGUAGCAGACAAAAGAGCAACUCGUGGUUCAGCAACAGCACCUGGGGGUAAAACCCUGUCUAUGGAGAACAUCCAGUCUUUGAGUGCUGCCUAUGCAACUUCAGGUGCCAUGUACCCUAAUGAGCGGGAUUCCUUGGAACCUUCUGGUGGAUACCCCAAAGGCACCAUGACGCUGGACAGGAGCACCAGUCGUUCCUCCUACGCUGGCCGGAAAACAGCCACAGGUAGCAGCCCAAACAUCACUUCCUCUGGGCUGCAUCAUCACCCAUCAGACCCCUAUGGAGACCAGACCUUGGUUUCUGCAGGCACUUCCAGUUUGCGGAACCAGUCUGGGAGACGGGCACUGGAUUCGUUUCGAUGGGGAGAUGUUUCCACAUUUGAUCUCCAGGCACAGCUAAGAGAGCUGAAGAAAGAGAAUGAGGACCUGAGGAGGGAACUAGAUGGGGGUCAGGAGGGAAGGACUGGCCACAGCAUAAACAGUGUCAACUUCUGGAGUCCCGAUAUAAAAAGAGACAAGGGAGUUAGAGGGGAGGAGGGAGUGAGGACCUCAGUUCAGAAAAAUCAAUACAGGCCACACCAAGAGGUUUUGCAGUUAACAGUUCAGGAACUUCAGGAGGAGCUCAGGGCUCACAAGGAGAUGAACAGCCACUUGCAGCAGGAGAACCCUGGCUCCUAUCAGGAAAUCCAAAUGGACCAGGAUCACAGACGGGGGCUCAGCCCUGGCCACAGUCCCAGACGAAGCCCAAGCAACCUACACAGUCCUGGGCCAAAGAACAGCCCCAGAACCAGCCCAUCUAACACCUACAGUCCAAGGCACCAGGAAGCUGACAUUAUCAUUCAUAGCCCUGGGUAUUGCUGUAACACUGCAGUAGCUGGGCAGAGAACCAGCCCAGCCAACACCCUUCAACCUGGGACAAGGAGCAGUCCAAAUCAGCACCUCUACAUUCCAAGUCAAGGAGUAGCACCCACCUCUAAAUCCCUUCAGCGCUGCAGCCCAUGUCAGGUGCCUGGGUGUGAUGGCUUCUCUUCUCCCCCUCUCCUGGAUCCAUCAGAGGAGAAUUUCCUCCGGUUGCAGUCAGAGCAUGAGCGGCAGGCCAAGGAGCUGGUCCUGCUGAGGAAGACCAUGGAAGAGAUGGAGAUGAGAAUUGACUCUCAGAAACAGACACUGGGUGCCCGGGACGAGAGUAUCCAGAGGCUGUUGGAGAUGCUUCAGAGUCAAGGCCAAGGACACUGGGGUCGGGGACAGCGGACAGGCAUCGUAACUGUAGCAGCCCAGGAGGCUGAAGCACAGCUGGAGAACAUGCAUGUGAGAGAGGAACUUCAUCGUCGGAACCAGCUCCAAGCUGAUCCGGCCAAAACCAGGGCUCUGCAGACAGUCAUUGAUAUGAAGAACACCAACCCCCCUUUCUGUUUUGAUCCUGAUGUUAUCUGGCAGGACACCAAGAUCUCUUCCCUGGAGAGGAACAUCAGAGACUUGGAGGAUGAAGUCCAAAUGUUAAAGACCAGUGGUCUGCUUCACCCUGAUGACAGGCAGGAUGAGCUCAAGCAGGUGGAGGUCUACAAGAGCCAUUCUAAAUUCAUGAAGACUAAGGAGCAGGCCUUGUCACCAUGUGUGUCUUCCAUCAGACCAGCUCCCACCUUCCUCCAACAUCCUUGGAUCACAAAGCAAUCAGAAAUUGAACAGAUGAAGCAGGAGCUGAACAGGAAGGAGUCAGAAAUGCAGGCCCUGCAGACCAAACUAGAGACGUUGACCAAUCAAAACUCAGACUGCAAGCAGCACAUCGACGUGCUAAAGGAAUCGCUUAGCGCCAAGGAGCAGCGCGCCAACACACUGCAGACAGAGGUAGAUGCUCUGCGUGUACGUCUGGAGGAAAAGGAGCAGUUUCUGACCAAGAAGACCAAGCAGCUGCAGGAUCUGACUGAUGAAAAGAGCACAUUAACAGGAGAGAUCAGAGACAUGAAGGACAUGCUUGAUGUCAAAGAGAGGAAGAUUAAUGUCCUGCAGAAGAAGAUUGAGAACCUGUUGGAGCAGUUAAAGGAUAAGGACAAACAGCUGGCUGGGUUGAGGGAAAGGGUUCAGGGCCUUCAAACUGACUCCAGCAAUACAGACACAGCCCUGGCCACACUGGAGGAAGCUCUGUCAGAAAAGGAGCGGGUGAUUGAGAACCUCCGGGAGCAGAAGGAGCGGGAGGACAGGGUCCGACUGAAGGAGCUGGAGCAGAUGAGGAAGGAGAACCAAGAAUUAAAGGACAAACUCUCAGUCCUGCAGCCCCAGAAACUGUCCCAGGGUCAGCCCGCUAACCCCAACCUGGCCCAGAACCAGAGGUCUGAGAGAGAGCUGCCAGCCAAAGUAGAUGGGCUAUCAGGAGUAACCACAUCAAAGACCCAAAACAUGGAAGAAGCAUUCAGGAAGUGUCCAGACAUCACAGAUCGUCUAGGGCUUCUCGAGCAAGAAGUGGCCUGCUACAGAGAGGAAUCCAAGAAGUCACAAGCUGAGGUGGACAGACUUUUGGCAGCUCUGAGAGAUGCUGAGAUGGAAAAAUCAUGCAAGGAGAGGAAAAUUGCUGAUCUUGAGAGGCAAAUCAAGUCUCCUAACAUCCAGAAGCAGACAGUGCAGAGUGAGAUGAGUAUAGAUGCCCUAACUGAUGGACAUCCGCACUCUUUGUCACAGCUUCCUCUUUUAGCUUCCCAGGAUGCCAUGCGGGAAACGGCAGAGCGAAUCAGGGAGUUGGAGAUGGCACUGAGGGAGAGCAUGAACACCUCUGCGCACAGGGAGGCUCUCUGGGCACAGGAGGAGGCUGCGCGUGUUCAGGCUCAGAGAGAGUUGGAGGAGCUGAUGGGAGCUUUGGAGAAAACACGCCAAGAGCUGGAUGCCACCAAACUCCGUCUGUCCUCCACUCAGCAGGCCCUGCACGAGCGAGAUGGGCACCUCAACAGUCUGCACCAGGAGAGACGAAAACAGCUGGAGGAGAUUCUGGAGAUGAAGCAGCAGGCUUUGCUGGCAGCCAUCAGUGAGAAGGAUGCUAACAUUGCCCUGCUGGAGCUAUCCUCCUCCAAACGAAAGAAAGCCCAGGAGGAAGUGAUGGCUCUGAAGAGGGAGAAAGACAGGCUCAUGCACCAGCUCAAACAGCAGACUCAGAGCAGAAUGAAGCUGAUAGCAGAUCAUUAUGAGGAAGAUCACAUCCAUCCCCAACAUCACCCUCACCAUACUCACCACUUGCAUUCAGCAAAUGUGCAUCACCGAAGCCUGCCAAGAGGACCUCCCCAUUGCAAUCACCAACCCUCUAUGGACCAGGAUGAUGAAGAGGGAAUAUGGGCAUGAUCACCACUAUAAAGACCCUACAUCUAUUUCUUCACAACAGUGCGGGUCAGCAAAGCAACUGGGACAAAUAAGACCACCAAGGGUAGGAUGCCUAGCAAGGACCUGUCUCUACAUCUAGAUAGGCUCCAUUCAUCUGGCAGCGUGCAUUAAAUUUUUAACAUUGCUUUUGAUAGAUUCUCUUGUUUGACUUAGCACUGCCUCUCGCCUGUCCAUCAAACCAAUGCACUGAGACCACUCGACAACGCCAAGGCGGGUGGUCAUGAUGUCAGACAAACACUUCAGUGCAUGAAAUUCAAGAGUAU